AUGAAGAAGAGCUAUUCAAUUCUGAUACUUGUUGUGCAAUGUUACUGCUUUAGCCUCAACACCAAUCUUUCUGUCGGAGGUGACACCAUUUCUGUGAAUGAAUCUGUUUCUACAGGCCAAACAAUUAUCUCUUCAGGUGGGAGCUUUGAGCUUGGUUUCUUCAUACCAGGCGACUCUCGCUACUACUACCUAGGCAUAUGGUACAAGAGAUUAAUCCCGCAAACAGUAGUUUGGGUAGCAAAUAGGGAUAAACCACUUGAUGCUGCUGCUGAUGCUAACUUGAUAAUUAGUCAAGGUAACCUGGUGCUUCUUGAUGGACUUGGAAACUCAAUUUGGUCUGCACUUGCUGGAAACAUCAAUCAAAAUAUUUCAGUUACUGCAGUUCUUCAUGAUGAUGGAAAUUUGAUUUUGAGUGAUAUGUCAAAGGCAUCAACACCUUUACUACUUUGGCAAAGUUUUGACUACCCAACACACACAUUUUUGCCUGGUGCCAAGCUUGCAUAUGACAAACGUACUCAACGAAAACAGGUUCUGAUUUCAUGGAAGAAUUCGAGUGAUCCAGCACCAGGAUUGUAUUCACUGGAAAUAGACCCAAAGCAUGCCCAGUUUGUUAUAAAAUGGAAUAGGACUACAGAGUAUUGGGCAAGUGGUUCAUGGGAUGGCCAAAGAUUCGGCUUAGUACCUGAGAUGAGUUUAAACUACAUAUAUAAUUACAGCUAUAUUGACAAUGAGAAUGAGUCAUAUUUUACAUAUUCCCUUUACAAUAGUACAAUCACAUCAAGAUUGAUCAUGGAUAUCUCUGGACAAAUUCAGCAACUAACAUGGUUGGGUCAUAACAGUGUUUGGAAUCUAUUCUGGACUCAACCAAGAAAAUCUUGUGAGGUUUAUGCUAUAUGUGGGGCAUUUGGAGUUUGUGAUGAAGCUAAUGCAACCUGCAAUUGUUUGAGUGGUUUCAAGCCAAGAUCAGAUAGACAAUGGAAUUCUAAUGAUUAUUCUGGUGGCUGUGUAAGAGACCAAAAGGUGCAGUGUAAUGCAAUUACUGAAGACACAGAUAAUUCAUGGAUAACUUCAAUUAUGAGAGUACCUGCUUCCCAAGAUACUAAUAUCACAGCUGGGAAAGCCUCACAGUGUAGAUCUGCAUGUUUCUACACUUGCUCUUGCACUGCUUAUACUUAUGAUGGUUCUGGUAACUGUUCCAUGUGGGCAGGGGAUCUGUACAAUCUGCAACAACUCAGCAAAAAUGAAAUAGAAAGGACUAUAUUUGUCAAACGUGGCUCACCUGAAGAUCAAACUAAAGCUAGGAAAUCGAUGAAACUAAAAGCAAUCUUUUCAUCCAUAACAGCUUUGAUGUUUCUACUCAUAGGCAGCUUUAGCUACAUUUACUAUAGAAGAAGAAUGGCAAAAAAAUCAGAUAGAAGUAAAGGUACUCAAGGGGCACAUAUAUCUCACUGGCACAAAGCUGAAGGAGAAGCAAAAGUAUUGAUGAAUGAAAACAGUGAUGAAGCUAUUGAUGUUCCAUACUUUCACUUGGAGACUAUUUUGGAAGCUACAGACAACUUCUCAAAUGCGAAUAAGCUCGGACAAGGAGGAUUCGGUCCUGUUUACAAGGGUAUCUUUCCGGGCGAAAAAGAAAUUGCAGUAAAAACGUUAUCUAGUCAAUCAGGACAAGGUAUAGAUGAAUUUAAGAAUGAAGUGACUCUAAUUGCAAAGCUUCAACAUCGAAAUCUGGUGAGGCUAUUGGGUUAUUGCAUCAAUGCAACGGAACAAAUAUUACUUUAUGAAUAUAUGCCGAAUAAAAGUUUAGAUACAUUCAUAUUUGAUGGAACACUUUGUCAAUUAUUGGAUUGGAAGAAACGUUAUGACAUCAUAUUGGGCAUUGCACGGGGUCUAUCUUAUCUUCACCAUGAUUCACGACUAAGGAUCAUUCAUAGAGAUUUAAAAACCAGUAACAUUUUAUUAGAUGAGGAGAUGAACCCGAAAAUUUCAGAUUUUGGCUUGGCAAGGAUUGUUGAAGGAAAAGUAACAGAAGCAAAUACAAAGAAAAUAGUGGGGACCUAUGGCUAUAUGUCUCCUGAAUAUGCACUGGAUGGAUUGUUUUCCAUUAAAUCAGAUGUAUUCAGUUUCGGAGUAGUCGUACUUGAGAUAAUCAGUGGAAGAAGGAAUACAGGAUUUUAUCAGUCAGAAGAAGCCUUAAACUUGUUGGGCUAUGCAUGGAAAUUGUGGACAGAAAAAAUUGAGAUACAAUUAAUAGAGAAGUCACUACUUGAAUCAUGCAACAAAAGUGCAGCAUUAAAGUGCAUAAAUAUUGCGCUCCUGUGUGUACAAGAAGAUCCAAAUCAUCGUCCUAAUAUGUCAGAUGUCAUUUUAAUGCUGGGAGGGGAAGGUACUAACCUUCCAACACCUAAUAGACCAGCUUUUGUAAUAAGGACGCAUGCUUCUAGUACAUCUUCUUCUUCCUCCGAUAAGAAAUACAUUGUAUCCAACAAUCAGGUGACGAUUACAGUUGAAGAAGGACGUUACCUCAUCACUAAUCUUUCCCUAGGAGGGGACACCAUUUCUGUGAAUGAAUCUGUUUCUUCAGGCCAAACAAUAAUCUCUUCAGGUGGGAACUUUGAGCUUGGUUUCUUCAGACCAGGCGACUCUCGCUCCUACUACAUAGGCAUAUGGUACAAGAAAUUAUACCCACAAACAGUAGUUUGGGUAGCAAACAGGGAUAAACCACUUGGUGGUGCUGAUGCUAACUUGACAAUUAGUCCAGGCAAUUUGGUUCUUAUCGAUAGUCUUCAAAACACAAUUUGGUCUGCACUUGCUGGGAACAUCAAUCCAAAUAUUUCAGUUACUGCACUUCUUCGUGAUGAUGGAAAUUUGAUUUUGAGUGAUGUGUCAAAGGCAUCAAUGCCCUUACUACUUUGGCAAAGUUUUGACUACCCAACACACACAUUUUUGCCUGGUGCUAAGCUUGGAUAUGACAAACGUACACAAAGAAAACAGGUUCUGAUUUCAUGGAAGAGUUUGACCGAUCCAGCACCAGGAUUGUAUUCUCUGGAAAUAGACCCAAAUCAUGCCCAGUUUGUUAUAAAAUGGAAUAGGACUACAGAGUAUUGGGCAAGUGGUUCAUGGGAUGGCCAAAGAUUCGGCUUAGUACCUGAGAUGAGUUUAAACUACAUAUAUAAUUACAGCUAUAUUGACAAUGAGAAUGAGUCAUAUUUUACAUAUUCCCUUUACAGUAGUACAAUCACAUCAAGAUUGAUAAUGGAUGUCUCAGGACAAAUUAAGCAACUGUCAUGGUUGGAUGGCAGCAUUAAUUGGGAUCUAUUCUGGUCUCAACCGAGACAACUUUGUGAGGUUUAUGCUAUAUGUGGGGCAUUUGGAGUUUGUGAUGAAGCUAAUGCAACCUGCAAUUGUUUGAGUGGUUUCAAGCAAAUAUCAGAUACAGAAAGGAAUUCAAAUGAUUAUUCCAGUGGCUGUGUAAGAGACCAAAAGGUGCAGUGUAAUGCAAUUACUGAAGACAAAGAUAGUUUAUGGAUAAGUUCAAUUCUGAAAGUACCUGCUUCUCAAAAUACUUAUAUCACAGUUGGGACAGCCUCACAGUGUAGAUCUGCAUGUUUCAACGAUUGCUCUUGCACUGCUUAUACUUAUGAUGGUUCCGGUACCUGUUCCAUCUGGACAGGGGAUCUGUUCAAUCUGGAACAACUCAGCACAACUGAAUCAGAAAGGACAAUAUUUGUCAAACGCAGCUCACCUGAAGCUCAAACAAAAGCUAAGAAGUCGAUGAAGCUAAAAGCAAUCCUUUCGUCAAUAUCAGUUUUGAUGUUUCUACUCAUAGGCAGCAUUAGCUACAUUUACUAUAGAAGAAGAAUUGCAAAAAGAGCAGAUAGAAGUAAAGGUAUUCAAGGGGCACAUAAAUCUCACUGGCACAAAGCUGAAGGAGAAGCAAAAGUAUUAAUGAAUGAAAACAGUGAUGAAGCGAUUGAUGUUCCAUAUUUUCACUUGGAGACUAUUUUGGAAGCUACAGACAACUUCUCAAAUGCGAAUAAGCUUGGACAAGGAGGAUUCGGUCCUGUUUACAAGGGUAUCUUUCCGGGCGAAAAAGAAAUUGCAGUGAAAACAUUAUCCAGUCAAUCAGGACAAGGCAUAGAUGAAUUUAAGAAUGAAGUGACUCUAAUUGCAAAGCUUCAACAUCGAAAUCUGGUGAGGCUAUUGGGUUAUUGCAUCAAUGCAACGGAACAAAUAUUACUUUAUGAAUAUAUGCCGAAUAAAAGUUUAGAUACAUUCAUAUUUGAUGGAACACUUUGUCAUUUAUUGGAUUGGAAGAAACGUUAUGACAUCAUAUUGGGCAUUGCACGGGGUCUAUCUUAUCUUCACCAUGAUUCACGACUAAGGAUCAUUCAUAGAGAUUUAAAAACCAGUAACAUUUUAUUAGAUGAGGAGAUGAACCCGAAAAUUUCAGAUUUUGGCUUGGCAAGGAUUGUUGAAGGAAAAGUAACAGAAGCAAAUACAAAGAAAAUAGUGGGGACCUAUGGCUAUAUGUCUCCUGAAUAUGCACUGGAUGGAUUGUUUUCCAUUAAAUCAGAUGUAUUCAGUUUUGGAGUAGUCGUACUUGAGAUAAUCAGUGGAAGAAGGAAUACAGGAUUUUAUCAGUCAGAAGAAGCCUUAAACUUGUUGGGAUAUGCAUGGAAAUUGUGGACAGAAAAAGCUGAGACACAAUUAAUAGAGAAGUCAUUACUUGAAUCAUGCAACAGAAGUGAAGCAAUAAAGUGCAUAAAUAUUGCGCUCCUGUGUGUACAAGAAGAUCCAAAUCAUCGUCCUAAUAUGUCAGAUGUCAUUUUAAUGCUGGGAGGGGAAGGUACUAACCUUCCAACACCUAAUAGACCAGCUUUUGUAAUAAGGACGCAUGCUUCUAGUACAUCUUCUUUUUCCUCCGAUAAGAAAUACAUCGUAUCCACCAAUCAGGUGACGAUUACAGUUGAAGAAGGACGUUAGCAGGAAUAGUGAAGGCAUUUAAUUCGUAUGGAAAGGGCUAGGGGUGGCACUAGCUAGGACUUAAAGAUGAGCCAUAUUAUACUUUUUUAACCUCUACUUUGGUCCUAAAAAAGUCCAGGGAUACUUGUGUGUGGG